ACUUUUUUUCUGAAAAGUUUCUCCUUGCUUAACAAGUUGUCUAGCAUUAACUUGAGUCUUUGCCAUAUAUAUAAUAAUACAACACUACUCCUUCGCCAUCGACUCACCUGAACUCACCGAUUCCCCCACCCAGUCGGAAAAGAAGGAAGUGAAGGGAUUCGGGUUCCAUAGCCAGAGCUCAGGAAUCUUCUAAUAAGUAAUCCAAGAUGUUGUCGUCGUCGCGGUUUGUGGUGAAUUCCAACUCAUUCUUCCUCUGCGGCACCAGCGACGGAGUCGUUGCAGUAGUGGACACUGUUACUGAUCUGAAUUACCCCUCCUACCCCUCCGACGGCUGGAAGAUCAUCGCCGGGGCAAUAGGAACUGUAACCACAACCACAAUGACAAUCGCCAGCGCCACCAUCCCGGCCGGGACGAAAUGUUACAGGGGGCUGGAAAUAUUCGGGGCCAUAAUCGAAGGCAGCAGCCUGGACAAAUUGUGCAAUGAUCUCUUCGUUGCCCAGUUCUUAGUCAACCGAGACGGCUACCAGAUCAAAUACUUCGACAAAAACGCAGCGGGUGGUGAAUUCGUGAUCGGAAGCAGCCACAUGGUGAAGCUGAACAACAUGCUCGGGUGGGAAAAGUACGGAGUGAAGCGACCAGCCACUGCCCCGAUCACCGCCGUGUGGGACCGUUACGACGUGGCGAAAGGGGAGGUGGUGGUGGAUUACGUGGCGGCGGAGGAAAGGCGGAGAGAGAUGGAUGCGGAAUUGGGGAAACAGAGGAGGGAGUUGGGGCAGUUGCAGUUGAGGUUGGUGGAAAAGGAGGAGAUUUUGGGGCAUUAUCAGCGGAUUCUGGAGGAGAGUAAGGAGCUUUUGAGGGAGAAGGAGAGCGCGAAAGAGCGGCUGAGGGAAGUGAUUGAAGAGAAGAACAGAGUGGUUGAAGAGCAGAGCAGAGUUAUUAAGGAGAAGGAGAUGGAGAUUCAGAGUUUGAAGUUGAACAAGGAAGAGGCUGCUGGUGUUGGGGAUGAUGGUGAGUUGAAGAAGGCAGGGGAGGGUGGUGGGAUGAAGGAGAAAGUGGCGGGGGAUGAAGAUGAUGAACCCAAGGCAGCCAUGGAUUCGUUCUUGAGCUGUUGUAGGAAGGAUUUGAAGGUGGCAAUCGUAGCUACGAACAGGGCUUUCUUUGUCAAUGUUGUUCUGGCUUUACUUCUUGCAUGCUUUUGUUUCUUUCGCCUUUUUGUUUGAUUGAUUUAAGUGCUAAACACAUUUGUGUCAAAGGUGGUAGUUUGAUUUUGGUGUUAACAAGGUUUUAGUUAUGCUCUUGCCUGUGAAAAAUUAGUUGGUUUCAUUUUGGAUGCCGCAUACUAUAGCCCAGUUGUUUAUACAGCAACUAGUAAAAGCCAACUCGUUAUCACUUUGUGAAUCAGAA